AUGCGUUUCUCCUUCCUCGCUAUUGUUGUUGCUCUGACAGUAUCUAUGUCUAUUGCUGCGAAGAUAUGGUUUGUGCUCCUGAGCCGGCAGCCUGAGCAGGACGUCGGGACAUUGAUGGUGCAAUACCUAGUUCGGAGUCAAUUAGUGCCUUAUAUUAACCACACGCAAACGAGCGGUCGGCGAACGAGCCCUAAGUUAUUACAGGAUUCAAUCCUCACGCACAAGACAGCGUAUGCAAGUGCUAAAAAAUUCGAGAAUGCGUGCGUCAGAGAUCUUAGUGGGUAUCCGAAGUCUCUGGCUCAUGACCAGCCUGGCGUAUACUACCACGGUUGCACAAGUGGUGUAGCUUGGGUACCGGCAGGAACACAGCAUUAUCUAGAGCAGAUCCAGCGCAUUCGACACCACGUGGUCAUCGAAGUCACUUCAAAAGCACCCAGAAAGAGGAGGAACGAAAGUGAUAUGAGCACGGGUUCUCCGUACUGCAAAAUAGCAAUUAGAAUGGCACGACAGAAGUGUGUCGUUCGGAUGGGAACUCACACACAGAAGAGUCGAUGGACACGUUGUAAGGAGAAGUUGCACAGACCCGAUAGGUCAGAACUUCCACCCAUGAAAGAGGAGAGUCAAUGGAGGUAA